CGCUGCAAUCCGUCCUCCGUUUUUGGCUAUCGGCGCUCCCCUCCGCCGCCGCCGCCGCCGCCGCCCUUGCCCUUGCCGCCCUUGCCGGUGAAGAUGACGGACACGACGGACGACAUAGCCGAGGAGAUCUCGUUCCAGAACUUCGACGACGACUGCAAGUUGCUCGGCAGCCUCCUCAACGACGUGCUCCAGAGGGAAGUCGGGGGCACGUUCAUGGAGAAGAUCGAGCGGAAUCGCAUUCUGGCUCAGAGUGCUUGUAACAUGAGGACGGCGGGAAUCGAAGAUGCGGCGGAGCUGCUGGAGAAGCAACUCGCGUCCGAUAUAUCGAAGAUGACGCUGGAGGAAGCCCUGACGCUCGCCCGCGCGUUCAGCCACUAUCUCAAUCUGAUGGGAAUCGCCGAAACCCAUCACAGGGUGAGGAAGUCACGGAAUUUGACGCAUUUAUCAAGGUCAUGUGAUGACAUUUUCAGUCAGCUGAUUCAGGGGGGAGUCUCUCCGGACGAGCUUUAUGAUACAGUCUGCAAGCAGGGGGUUGAGAUUGUUCUCACUGCGCAUCCCACUCAAAUUAAUCGCCGCACCUUGCAAUACAAACACAUAAGAAUCGCUCAUCUUUUGGACUACAACGACAGGCCUGAUCUCACUCAUGAGGAUCGAGAAAUGCUGAUUGAAGAUCUGGUUAGAGAAAUUACUUCCAUAUGGCAAACAGAUGAGCUGAGGCGACAUAAACCAACCCCCGUAGAUGAAGCCAGGGCUGGGUUGAACAUUGUUGAGCAGUCUCUUUGGAAAUCUAUACCUCAUUACUUGCGCCGUGUCAGCAGUGCUUUGAAGAAGCAUACAGGGCGGCCCCUUCCUUUGACUUGCACGCCUAUUAAAUUUGGAUCUUGGAUGGGUGGUGAUAGAGAUGGAAACCCUAAUGUAACAGCAAAGGUGACGAAAGAUGUUUCUCUUUUAUCAAGGUGGAUGGCAAUUGAUCUCUACAUCCGAGAAGUUGACAGCCUGAGAUUUGAACUAUCCAUGAAUAGGUGCAGUGACAGGCUAUCAAGGCUAGCACAUGAAAUUCUUGAAAAAGAAACAUCAUCGGAGGAUAGGCUUGAGAGUCGAAGUCAAUCUUUGACUAGAAGUCAAAUAAAGCUUCACAAUCAACAACUUCCAUCUCUUCCAACUCAACUCCCAGCUGGAGCUGAUAUGCCAUCUUGCACAGAAUGCAAUGAUGGUGACUCUCAGUAUCCAAGACUGGAACUUCCUGGUAAUGAUUAUAUGCCAUUAAAUCGCCAGGAUGGUCAAGGUUCUUCAUGUUCAGAUCCUCAGUUCCAAGAUUCAGGGCGCAGUUCUUCUAAACCAUCUGAAAAUGGAAAUUUAGCUAGCUCCAACAGUUUGCAGCCUCCUGUGACACCACGUGGUUCCUCUUUUGCAUCCAGUCAACUUCUUGCCCAAAGAAAACUCUUUGCAGAAUCACAGAUAGGAAGAUCCAGCCUCCACAAGCUUCUAGAGCCAAGUCUGCCUCAGCUUGCUGGAAUUGCUCCUUAUAGGAUUGUUCUUGGCUAUGUAAAGGAUAAGCUUAUGAAGACACGUAGAAGACUGGAGCUUCUCCUUGAGGAUCUUCCCUGUGAACACGAUUCUUGUGAUUAUUAUGAGUCAUCAGACCAGCUUCUGGAACCUCUGAUUCUUUGCUAUGAAUCUCUGCAAUCAAGUGGAUCUGGCGUGCUGGCAGAUGGUCGGCUUGCUGACCUGAUUCGGAGGGUGGCCACAUUUGGGAUGGUGCUAAUGAAACUUGACUUGCGUCAGGAAUCAGGAAGGCACUCGGAAACACUAGAUGCCAUAACAAGAUAUCUUGAUAUGGGUACAUAUAGCGAGUGGGAUGAAGAGAAGAGACUGGAAUUCCUGACAAGAGAGUUAAAAGGGAAAAGGCCGCUAGUUCCACUUUCCAUUGAGGUUGCCCCUGAUGUCAAAGAAGUACUGGACACAUUCCGAGUAGCUGCUGAACUGGGAAGUGACUCAUUAGGAGCUUAUGUGAUUUCUAUGGCUUCAAAUGCAAGCGAUGUUCUAGCUGUGGAGCUCUUGCAGAAAGAUGCUCGCCUUGCAGUCAGUGGAGAGUUAGGGAGACCAUGUCCUGGUGGAACGUUGCGGGUCGUUCCUCUGUUUGAAACUGUGAAGGACCUUAGAGAAGCUGGGUCAGUGAUCAGGAAACUGUUAUCAAUUGACUGGUACAGGGAACACAUUUUAAGAAAUCAUGGUGGCCACCAGGAGGUAAUGGUUGGAUAUUCUGACUCUGGUAAAGAUGCUGGGCGCUUCACAGCUGCAUGGGAACUCUACAAAGCACAAGAGGACGUUGUAGCUGCAUGCAAUGAAUAUGGCAUUAAGGUUACCUUAUUCCAUGGACGUGGAGGGAGCAUUGGUCGGGGUGGUGGCCCCACAUAUCUAGCUAUUCAAUCCCAGCCACCAGGUUCUGUCAUGGGUACACUUCGCUCAACUGAGCAAGGAGAGAUGGUGCAGGCCAAAUUUGGGUUGCCACAGACAGCGGUAAGGCAGCUGGAGAUUUACACUACAGCUGUUCUCCUUGCUACUCUACGGCCCCCACUCUCUCCUAGAGAAGAAAAAUGGCGUAACCUCAUGGAGGAAAUCUCGAAGAUCAGUUGCCAGAGUUAUCGCAAUACCGUAUAUGAAAAUCCCGAAUUCCUUGCCUACUUUCAUGAAGCUACACCACAGGCUGAACUCGGCUUCCUCAACAUCGGAAGCCGUCCCACUCGGAGGAAGAGCUCAACGGGAAUUGGACAUCUACGUGCCAUUCCGUGGGUGUUUGCAUGGACUCAAACUAGAUUUGUUCUUCCAGCCUGGCUAGGUGUUGGAGCAGGUCUAAGGGGUGUUUGUGAGAAGGGACAUACUGCAGAGUUACAAGAAAUGUAUAAAGAGUGGCCUUUCUUCCAGUCCACUGUUGACCUUAUUGAGAUGGUGUUAGGGAAGGCAGACAUACCCAUUGCCAAGCAUUAUGAUGAAGUGCUUGUAUCAGAGAGCCGGCGGGAGCUUGGGGCUGAACUAAGGAGGGAGCUCUUAACGACAGAGAAGUAUGUCUUGGUCAUCAGCGGGCACGAGAAACUAUCUGAGAACAACCGGAGCUUAAGGAGGCUGAUCGAGAGCAGGCUACCUUAUUUAAAUCCCAUGAACAUGUUGCAGGUGGAGAUACUAAAGAGGUUAAGGCGUGACGAUGACAACAAUAAGCUCAGAGAUGCAUUACAAAUCACCAUCAAUGGAAUCGCUGCUGGCAUGAGGAACACCGGCUAGAAAGUGUCCUGUCGGUGGUUCUACCGAAUGAGCCUGCCUACUAACGGACACUUUUUUAAUCCCUAAGCCCGUCUUUUUGGAACAUCAUCUCUUUACUGGUUAUAAGUGGUGUAAUCAGAGAUACACGGCGAGGACAAUAUGUUCGGUCGAACCAUGUUACUAAGUUUAUAGUAGAAAAUGUUACGCUUGAAUUGUGGCCAUGUUUCAUAAAGUAUAGCCGAGAAUGCUUUCUCAUGC